CUGGACUAGAUGAUGCUGGACGUCCUCGAUCCAGGAAAUGAGGGGAGGAGCCGGUACACCUGUGCAAGACUGGAGGGGAGGAGCCGGUACACCUGUGCAAGACUGGAGGGGAGGAGCCGGUACACCUGUGCAAGACUGGAGGGGAGGAGCCGGUACACAUGUGCAAGACUGAAAGGGAGGAGCCGGUACACCUGUGCAAGACUGGAGGGGAGGAGCCGGUACACCUGUGCAAGACUGGAGGGGAGGAGCCGGUACUCAUGUGCAAGACUGAAGGGGAGGAGCAGGUACAUCUGUGCAAGACUGAAGGGGAGGAGCCGGAACACCUGUGCAAGACUGAAGGGGAGGAGCCGGUACACCUGUGCAAGACUGAAGGGGAGGAGCCGGUACACUUGUGCAAGACUGAAGGGGAGGAGCCGGUAUACCUGGGUAAGACUGAAGGGGAGGAGCAGGUACAUUUGUGCAAAACUUAAGGGGAGGAGCCGGUAUACCUGGGUAAGACUGAAGGGGAGGAGCCGGUACACCUGUGCAAGACUGAAGGGGAGGAGCCGGUACACAUGUGCAAGA